AUGUAUAAUAAUAGAUUGUUUUUAUUUUCAGGAAUAUACUGCAGUCGAAGUUUGUCGAAUUUAAGACUGACCGUGCCUCGUGCGGUCAGGGUUGGCCAUUCCGUAACGUUGCAGUGCGAUUAUGAUCUGGAGGAAGCUCCACUCUAUUCCGUUAAAUGGUACAGGAACUCGGAUGAGUUCUACAGAUAUGUUCCCAAAGAAGCACCUCCAACUAGAGUGUUCCCAUUACCUGGAUUACACGUCGAUGUAUCAGUGUCAAAUGCCCAAAAGGUGACAUUACUGGCAGUCGGUAGACCGCUUUCAGGAAUUUUUCAGUGCGAAGUUUCAGCCGACGCUCCACUAUUCCAUACAGAAAUCAAAUCUGCGCCUAUGACUGUUGCAGUUGUUCCAGAUGGAGUUCCCACUAUAAACGUAGAUAAAGCUGGACUGGAAAGGGGUGGACCCCUAAUUGCGGAGUGCUUUGCACCACCCGCAUCCCCAGCACCCAACCUCACGUGGUACGUCAAUGAUCAAAGGGUACCUGGGUCCACGUCGUCGUCAAUAAUUAGGGACACGGAGCUGCUGGAAACGGCGAAUAGUAGAUUAGAGUUGACCGGCGUCGGGGGUAGCUGGGGUGCAAUCCGUCUGCGAUGCGAGGCGACACAGUUCCGACUAUACAGGGCCAACAGUUUAGUGGUCGAGGUCAAACCGGACACCCCGCAGCCGGCCUCCGUCCUCCUCAUGGGACCCAGCACCAACGGUGGUGGUUGGAUAAUUCCUAGUGGAGCUCAUCUGUUCUUCGUGUUGUUUAUUGGUGCAAUAUGGUGAUUCUUUUCUAUGGACAGUUUUUUAGAACACUUUUGGGUGCGUUAAGUAAGUGAAAAAUUAAAUAUUAGGUGAUAACCAGAAGAAAACAAGAGGUACUUUCUAUAGUCCCGAUGCCAAUCAAAUACCCGGAACUUCAACAAAAACUUCAUGAAUAACAUCUUUGAAUUAUUUAGUCAAAAGCUGAAUUUGGAGAAACAGUAUUAAACUUUAGUGAAAUGAAAGCAGAAUAGAGAAAAUCAUAAUAAUAAAGUUUAUUAUUUUUGAAGAAAUA